AUGGCAAAUCCAACUGAGUGUGAUUUAGAAGCACAUUUUCGGGGAGAAUUAUUCCAAAGAAGUGAAGGAAAGAAAUCUGUCUUGCUUCCAAAAGAACAGUAUAAUGAAAUUAUUUCAGAACUGACAGCAAUUGACAAGUCAGGCAAAAAGACGCCUCAUGAAUACUACCUUCUGAAGAAGUAUGAGAUCCUCAAGUGUGGCGAUGUUCUCAAGUUGAUUAGAAGACGGACUGCCAAUGAAGAUCCUAUCUAUUUUGCUACAUUGGAGGAUACAUUCGACAUUAUUAAGCGUGCUCAUAUUGCAACUGGCCACAGAGGGCACGAUAAGAUGGUAAAGGAAUUAUCUAAAAAGUAUGCCAACAUUACCCAUGAUGCAAUAUCUAUUUACAAAUCACUGUGCAUCGAAUUUCAGCGUAAACGUAAGCGACCAACAACCAAAGGGACUGUUGUUAGACCUAUUCUGACAAAGAACUUUGGCUCCAGAUCACAAGUUGACCUUGUAGACAUGCAGGUGAUGAAGCAAGGCAACUAUAAGUGGAUAAUGGUCUACCAAGAUCAUCUUACAAAGUUCUGUGUAUUGAGACCUCUCACAUCAAAACGUGCUGCAGAAGUUGCGUAUCAGCUGUUGGAUAUUUUUCUUUUACUUGGUGCACCGGAAAUUCUACAAAGUGACAACGGAUCGGAGUUUACUGCUUGUGUAAUUACAGAACUUAAACUGCUUUGGCCUGAUCUCGUAAUGGUUCAUGGAAAACCUAGACAUCCUCAGAGCCAGGGGUCAGUUGAACGAGCAAACUGUGAUAUUAAAAAUAUGUUGGUAGCCUGGUUGAGUGAUAAUAAUACAACUGACUGGACAGUUGGUUUAAAAUUUGUGCAGUUUCAAAAAAACUCUAGCUACCAUUCUGGCAUUAGAAGGUCACCAUUUGCUGCAUUGUUUGGAUCCGAUGCAAAAGUAGGACUGACAACUUCAGCUCUUCCACAUGAUGUAAUUCACCGUCUCCAAAGUGAGGACGAUUUGCUGGCAGUAAUUACGGAAGUACAACUUCAGAGGAACCACCUGCUGUCGAACCAGUUACUGCUAAACCACCUGCUGUCGAACCAGUUACUGCUGAACCACCUGCUGUCGAACCAGUUACUGCUGAACCACCUGCUGUCGAACCAGUUACUGCUGAACCACCUGCUGUCGAACAAGUUACUGCUGAACCACCUGCUGUCAAACAAGUCACUGCACUGGGAGUAUUGUGCACGACUGUGA